AUGAUCACUUUAGACUUUAAUGAAUUUAUCGAUCUAAUACCUGAGAGUGUUCAUGAGGAUAUUCCACAGAAACUAAAUCAGCAAAACUCUCUGAAACUAAAAGAAUUGAUCAAAAAUUCCCUUAAUUCAAUCCACACAUCAAAAGAAAUAAUUCCAACAUCAUCAGAGUCCAAUUCAGGUUUGGGGGUAGGCGAAAGUGAAGAAGAAAAGGUAUUCAACAUACAAGCUCAAUCUUUAAACAUGAACGAUGUCAUUUUAGACGUCGAGAAUUUAAAUCAAAUUCCUCUGAAUUCAGAUGAAUACGAAAAUGAAAAUAAUGGAGAACAGCCGAACCCUGAAGUUUUAGAGUAUUUGGAGUUCAAGAAAAACCAUCAAUUAAAAUUCAUGAAAGAAAUUAAGGAGAAAAAUUUAAAUUUGAAGUCGAAUGUCGGCAGUUCAAAUAAAUUCAUGAAUUAUUAA